CAGCAUGUAACUGUGCUAUAGGGAUCUCAGUGUACACCUCUUCACAGCACAAACAAAUACAUUUGGAAAUGGAUCUGGAGGAGACAUACAAAGAGGGAGAGAAUACGGAGGUGAAAAUGACUCGAGCUGCAGCUGCAAAAUUGGUGAAAAAGGCUUUUCUCGAAGCCCUGAAGUCCAAUGACUUUGAAACACUGGAAGAGCUCUUGAGCCAAAAGAAAAUAGAUGUGGACACGGUGUUUGAAGUGGAAGAUGAAAACCUGAUUCUGGCAUCCUACAAACAAGGAUACUGGCUUCCUAGCUACAAAUUAAAAAUAUCCUGGGCAACUGGACUUCAUCUAGCUGUCAUGUAUGGGCAUCUGGAGAGCCUUUCAGUCCUACUCAAUCACAAAGCUACAAUCAACUGCCGGCCCAAUGGAAAAGCUGCAAUCCACGUAGCGUGUGAAAUGGCAAAUGUUGAGUGUGUCAAGAUCCUUUGCAACCACGGAGCUAAGCUGAACUGCUUUUCAAUGAGCGGGCAGGCGCCCUUGCACUUCUGUACGACACGAACCUCCAUGCCUUGUGCCCAGCAGCUGGUUUGGAGAGGAGCAAAUGUGAACAUAAAAACAAACAACCAAGAUGAGGAGACUCCUCUGCACAUCGUUGCGCGUCUGGGUAUCCCGGAGCUCGUGGCCUUUUACGUGGAACAAGGAGCGCAUGUUGAUGCUCUCAAUGCUUACAUGGAGACUCCCCUGGCCUGUGCAGCCUAUUGGGCCCUGCACUAUAAGGAUCAGAUAUACAGCCCGGAUCACCACCUCAUCUGUCGGAUGCUCUUAGACUAUAAAGCUGAAGUGAAUACUCGUGAUGAGGAUUUCAAAUCACCGCUCCACAAAGCUGCCUGGAACUGUGAUCACAUCCUGCUGCAUAUGCUGCUGGAGGCAGGAGCAGAAGCAAACAUCAUGGAUGUCAAUGGCUGCGCACCACUACAGUAUAUCAUCAAAGUGACAUCUGUGCGGCCAGCCGCCCAGCCUGACAUCUGCUACCAGCUGCUACUGAACCAUGGAGCGGCUAGGAUAUAUCCGCUGCAAUUCCACAAGGUGCUACAAGCCUGUCAUUCCCACCCCAGAGCUGUGGAGAUUGUCGUCAAUACCUACGAACACAUCAAAUCAACAUCGAAGUGGAAAGCAGCCAUACCUGACGACGUCAUGGAGCGGCACCAGGAUUUCUAUGACUCUUUGUUCACUGUGUGCAACAAUUCCCCACGGUCACUCAUGCAUUUAUGCAGAUGUGCUAUUCGGGCGAUACUGUCAGAAAGGUGCCACCGAGGAGUCCCCUUGCUCUCCAUCCCCCCGUCCAUGAAGAAGUACUUGCUGCUGGAACCAGAAGGAAUCAUCUACUGA